AUGAACACCAUGCGCAAGCACUGGCAGAACAAGCACAGCUGGUCGCCAUAUCCCAGCCGUGGCCGUACAGCGCCACAAAAGCGUACGGCAGCACAGGAUGAGGUGGACAGAUCAUGCCAGAAGGUGCAGUUCCAGCAGGUAUUUGCAUCGCGCAAGGGCUCCCACUACAUACAGAUCCAGACUAAGGAGACUACUGAGCACACCGGCACGCCAGACCAGAACAGAGCCAGCCAUGUCAUUGAUGAGCUGGAGCGGUUUGACCGGGAACAGCAACGGCAGACCAGCAAUGUCAUCCAGGCCGGGGAGCACGAUGAAGCCAACCCAUGGCUGCGGCGGACCAGAUGGCCGGUGUACUUGACCAACAUCGCACCCAAUGAUCUGGUCAACUGCGUGCAGCGGCCCGACGAUGACACCACGUGCCCAGAUGAACUGGCCGCGAGGGCCAUCUGGGAGGCCAUGGGUCAGGUUGCCCGUACCAGCCAGCGAGUCAUCACACGGCUGGGUCACUUCGUCCGCAUCGAGGCCAUCCGCACAGAGCGACACCAGACCCGGCACACCCCGUUGCAGGCGUACAUGGACGAGGAGAGCAUCGCCGAGCACCCCACAGUACCAGUUCACACCACGGUAGCCACCACAGAGAGAGCCGACCAGCGACACUCCAUCAGCCCAGACCCCAUGAAUGAGCAGAUGACUGAGGAAGAAGAAGAGGAGGAGGAGGUGGAGGAGGAGGAGGAGGAGAAGAGACAGAGAGAUACCCAGUCAGAAGAAGAAGAUAAGUUCAAAUUAGUCAAGAUUCAGAUGGCAUGUUUGGAUUUUUGCAUUGAGCUGCUGAACCAGUGGGUUCAGAUGGAGGAUUAUGAGUGCGCGCUGAUAGACACGUUGGCGGUGCUGGGACGGGGGGAACGCGUUGGCGGUGCUGGGACGGGGGUUGUAUGGAUGGUGCGACGCGGAGAGCUACCCACCAAUGUUGUCACGGAUCAUCAAGGUGGCACGGUUCAUGGUGGUGCACAAGGCGCUGCGACUGGACGCCAAUGCAUCCGACAUGCUGGCCAGGAACCAAGCAAGCCAGAUGGUGGGAGAGUGGGCCGUGUGUCCCCACGAGGAGAGCCAGGAGGCAAAGAGAUGGAUGAUGACAGUGCGGAGCAAGAUCAAAUACACACAGUAUUCCGGGUGCUUCCGAUGCGGGAUGCCGCAGUCCAUAUGCAACAGCUGGAAGACACAGAGGCAGUGUCCGUACAGGGGAUUUUUGAUCCCGACAGUGGCAAUGAUGAUGUAUGGGUGUCACAGCAGCUGAGGGAGUUCAAUGUGAAUGCAGAUGAUCAGGAGGCGGUGAUUGAAUUUUUGAGACAGAAGGUUGAGGGGCAGGGCAUCGAGCACAACCAGCUGAUGGAGAUGUUUUGUUGGCUGCGAGGGAUAUAUCAGGAGGCAGAGAGGGGGAAGAUCGAGUCAGAGGGUACAGGGGUCAAGUGA